AUGUUAGAUUCUGGUUGUGGUCUGAAAGUAAUGGCUGAGGACCUCAUCCUACUUGCAUUUUGUUGUGAUGUGGAAGCUUUUGUUUGUUCAUAUAUAUUCAAAAGAUUCAGAGGAACCAUGAGAAUGCCAAUAGACUGCGCCAACAACUCCUCCCCCACGUUUUACAUCGCAUCUAUAAACAUCGAAAUUUGGAAUAUUAAUAAAAAGCACUUGCCAGAUCCUGGUGAAGCCAACUUUCACUUCUACAUAAAAUAUAUCGAGAUCUCUCUCCAUUAUGAGCAUUUCAUGAUCAUCAAAAUGUCCAAGUUGGAGAGAUUGUGGAUGUUCUUCGGUGUCUUCUUCAUUUGUGUCUGGAUGACAACUUGUGAUGUAAAGGUGCACUGUUAUUACGUGUUAUCAUUCUCUCGUAUAUACCUCGCGCCUGUCCCCCAGGACGUCGACUACGUGCUGUCCACCGGGGACUUGGUGCCGCACCAUAUCUGGAAGAUCACGCCGAGAGAGAACAUCGCCAUCAUGAGGGAGAUGACGGACCUCCUCCUCGAGUACUUUCCCAACUUGCCCAUCUACGGCGCCAUCGGCAACCACGAGAGCUUUCCUCGGGAUAGCUUCCCCCCACCGGAGUCCCCCGAGGUGUGGUCAAGAUUCGGCGUCCAGUGGCUGUACGACGCGGUGGCUGACCAGUGGAGUCGCCUCAUGGGGUCCCAAGUCCCGCCCACCGCUCGCUUCGCUGGCUAUUACUCCGUCUUGGCGCGUCCGGGGCUCAGGAUCAUCUCGAUCAACACGAAUUAUUGCUAUAGGCUGAAUUGGUGGUUGCUGUACAAGUCCGUCGACCCUGGCAUGGUGCUCCGCUGGCUGGUGAGUGAGCUGCAGCAAGCCGAGUCGAGAGGAGAAGUGGUCCACAUCAUAGGCCACAUCCCGCCCUUCUAUUCGGAUUGCUUCGCUCAGUGGGCGCACCAGUUCUCCAGGAUUGUCUCCAGGUACGCCCACAUCAUCCGUGGGCAGUUCUACGGGCACUCGCACCAGGACGAGUUCCGCGUGCACUACGACGUCAACGCCCCCAACAAGCCCAUCGGCGUGCAGUACGUGUCCCCCAACAACGGGCCCUUCCACGACCUCAACCCCUCCUACAGGGUCUUCUACAUCGACGGCGACCAUCCGGAGACCACGAGGAACGUACUGGACUACGAGACCUGGGUGAUGAACCUAACCCACGCCAACAAGUACGACGCUCCUCACUGGUACCAGCUGUACACCGCCCGUCGCGAUCUCCAGCUGCCAUCCCUCGACCCCCGGCACUGGGAUCAGCUGGUUCAGCGCAUGGCUCGGGACCCUCAGCUGUUCGCGCGGUAUCACAGAUACCAAGUCCAGGACAGCGACAGCGCGUUAUCCAAAGGCUGCGACGCGGAAUGUCGGCGGAACACCCUCUGCGCCAUCGUCGAAGGAGACAAGUUCAUGCCGCGCAAAUGUCGCCCGCAUGAUUGAUCCCACCGACAUAUGUCACACCUCGACAUAUUUUUCUUUUGUUACACCUUUACCUACUGAUGUUGUAGAGUAUCUCUAUUUUUUACUUAUAUAAUAAAUGCACAAAGUUUU